CCGACGGCCGUGCAGCGCCAGGCCUGGCCCGCGGCGCUCCGGGGUUUAGAUGUUCUCGCCAUCGCGCCCACGGGCAGCGGCAAGACCCUGGCGUACCUCCUGCCGGCGAUCGGCCGCGUCCUCGGCGGCGGCGGCCCGAGGAGCCGCUGCGCGCUCGUCGUCGUGCCGACGCGCGAGCUCGCGGCCCAGGUCCACCUCGUCGCGAAGAAGGCGGAGAAGUGGGCCCAGGCCGAGCUCGGCGCGUGCGUCGUCGCGGGCGGCGCGGGCGCGGCGUCGCGGCCCCAGCAGUUCGAGGCGCUCGCGCGGUCGUCGCUCGCCGUCGCGACGCCGGGCCGGUUGCUCGACCUCGCGCGCGGCGGCGCGGCGAAGCGCCUCGACGCCGUCGUCUGCUGGGUCGUCGACGAGGCGGACCGCAUGCUCCAGCUCGGCUUCGAGGAGCAGCUCGACGAGCUCAGCCGCCUCGUGCCAUCGGAGCGGCAGACGCUGCUCUUCACGGCGACGUUCCCCCAGCGGCUGCGCCACGCCGCGGACCGCUACGUCGGCGAGCCGGACCGCGUC